CUGUCUUCGCCCCACCCACUUCCAUCUUCCGCCCCGCAGCGCCUCCCUCCUUCGUAGCGUUGCUCGGCCUGGACUCUUGGACAGGAACCUAUCGAGCAAGGACUGGGCUUUCUAGCAGCAAAGCCAUCAUGGCGCAAGAAGACGUCGCCAGCGAGACGGCCGAGGCGAGCAGCCCGGGGCUGCUGAUGGAGAUCGUGAGCUCCCCGCUCAACCUCAGCCUGCUGGGCCUCUGCCUGUUCCUCCUCUACCAGAUCGUCCGGGGCGACCGGCCUCGGGCCCAGACCGACGGCGAGGAAGAGCCCGCUCCGCUGCCCAAGCUCAAGCGUCGCGACUUCACGCUGGCCGAACUGAGCCCCUAUGACGGCAUCCAGAACCCCCGCAUCCUGAUGGCCAUCAACGGGAAAGUCUUCGACGUGAGCCGCGGCAGGAAGUUCUAUGGGCCAGAUGGCCCUUAUGGAAUUUUCGCUGGAAGGGACGCAUCCAGAGGUCUUGCUACUUUCUGCCUGGAUAAAGAAGCAUUGAAGGAUGGAUACGAUGACCUUUCUGAUCUGGACGCCACACAGAGAGAGACCUUGAAUGACUGGGAACAGCAGUUCACAUUUAAAUACCACUAUGUAGGCAAGCUGUUGAAGGAUGGUGAAGAGCCCACAGUCUAUUCAGAUGAAGAAACAACAAAAGAUCCUGACCAACGCAAGAAAGAUUAGUGAACACCCAAAAGAAAAAUAUGGAGAGUUUUUGGAUUUUUAAAGGACUCUUUGUCACAUUCCGGUUCUAUUUUACAUUCUGGUUCCAGUUUUGUUUUACUGAUUUGACCAUCAGCUCUCUUUUAGAAAUGGAGAGCACUUUUUGUUGAUUUGGCUGUUUACUAAACAUAUUUUAAUCUUCAUUUCCAAGAAACUUUGCCAGACAGUGCUGAGCUACUUAAAUCCAAGCUGCAUGGGUCCAAAUUGGAAUGUCAACCAAAAAGUACACAAUAUUAUGGUAAGAAAGUACAUUUGCCCUAUGCUCUGCAGUUUCCAGUCAUUUGCUGGUACAUGACAAAGGGGCUUCCACAUAUGACCCACAGGGGUCACUGCAAAGCAGGAUGGCAUCCAAACAAGCGGAUGCUAAGAAGUUCUCCCCCUCUCUCUCACACACUCACACACGACUUCAUAGAGGUGACAACUUUCCUGAAAUAUCCUGGAUCACAAUUAACAUUUCUUUACAAGGGAAUAUUUGAUCAACUGCUGUUCCAUUCUCCCCUUACAUAAAUGCUUAAAUGAAUACUGUCUGCAACUUGUUCCUUUUAAAAUCUGUAUGAUUAAAGCAGAGUACAGAUCACUGUAAAUAUUUUGGAGAAGGAAUGACAUGGUUUAUUCAUAAUGUACAAAAUGAAUAUGGGGUUUUAAUUUUUAAACUUGCCAUUUUUCAAUAUAGCAAUUUAAUUUACAUCGAAGCAUUAGUGUAGUCAACCAGACUGGUUUUAAACUUUUUUUGCUUAAUGAGGUUAAAUGCCUCUGACAUAGAGAGCCAUAUAAACUAAGCAGAGAGUGAUAGCUUCAUUUCUUUGAACAUACUUGUUGCUAAGACCUUAUAAUCAGUGGCUGCUAAAGCAGUACAUGGAUGCAUGCAGCCAAAUAUAAUGUGCAUACAUAUUUUAAAAAGUAAAAUGUCCACCAAGUUCAAAGGGCCUGGAUUGCCAUAGAGCAGUCAGCCAGUUAAAGUCAACCUUAAAUGGUUUCUCUCACUCAAAAGUCAUAUACAGCAGUUACACAUUCCAAAAAUGGUACACUAAAGCAGAAUGCUUAGAGUGGUUUCUUUCUGCUUUUGCUGUUAGCACUUGGAUUUUGCUUGCCAGCAUCUUGAAACACACAGUUGAGAAGAGAUGAAAGGAAGCAAAUGAGUUGAGCCUUGGGGAAACAGGAGACUAGUGGUGCCACAAGAUCCCUUAUCCUUUCUAUCAGGCAAGCAUGGUUACCACUUCAACAUGGUGUGUGGGAUCCAGUUAAGAGUUACGUUUUUGUUUUACUUGCACAGGUUAAGUGUGCACUGGACUUGUAACACGGAUAUUAAAUUCUGCAGCUGGGGGUGGAGUCAGAAAGGAGGCACAAACUCAAAACAUUCAGUAGGGACAAUUCAGAUUGGAUGGAAGAACAUAUUUCUGAGAACUAGUUGGGCAACAGAACAAAUUGCCAAGGUAAGUUGUAGAACUUGCUUUGCUGGUGGCUAAAUCAUCUGGGUAACCACUGGUUUUAUAUUUGGUUUAGAUCUAGGAUAGUGGUGUUAAGGGAGCAUUGAUUUCAGUUCUUUAAAGCUCAUUCUUUUAAGAGAAUAAUGCAAAUAAGCUUUUUUUUGUCCUCCAUUAUUGGAUUGUAGCCUGCACUGUGAAACCCCAGAGCAUACUGUGAGAGUUCAGUACAACAGAUGGGUGUUACCUAUGCACUGUGUACCCUACACAGUGGUUGCUCACAUGACAAAUUAGUAUAAUCUCUUCCCCACCCCCAUCCUCAAGAUAGCAAGUGAGUCUAGGGAAUCUCACAGUGGUGGAAGUUGUAUUAAGUGACUUGUUACUAUGGUAUAGCAAUAAGUUUUGUUGUUUUAAUGGGUCCUUUUGCUUUCUCUUCCCAGUUUCUUCUCAUAAAGCAAUAAUACUGUUCUUGAAAUAAUUUCAUUGGCUCAGAAAUGACUUUUCUAAUGAUAACUGCUGACUGGCUCAUUCUUAACAUGAGAAACACUUUGCAGAAUUUUUUUUGUCUGUUGGUAACACUGCGCCUUAAAGACAGAUUUUAUUGGCUGAAGUGUUAUGACCUACCUCUGGAAAUUCUAGGCUAAUGAAAUCUUUAGUAUUGCUGCAUUCCUCCUUUAAAAGUCACUUGUAAUCCUUGCAAACUUUUGGAUCGCUUUGUUUCAAAGCAAGGACAACAGGGUUGUACUUGAUUAAAAUAAAUAAAA